UAAAAGGGGAGUGGGAAAUUCGAAAUUUAGCUGAGGAAGUGAAAAACAAUAACAAACCUUGUUAUUUUCAAUCAUUUUUCAUUACUGAACGAUUUCGAUUUGUUGUAAUUCACGAAAGUUUAAUAAUAAUGGCAGAAGCUCAAUUGAUCUCACCAAGCGAAAAUUUUAAUCAUCAUUCUGAACUGCUCGGCUUUGCUAAAAAUCCUUAUGACAAGAACAUGGAAUUUACGUACGAUUUCUAUCGCUGCGGAUGCUGCUCCAGAGAGUACGAUCAGCUUGAAGAUUUAAUCAUUCAUAAGAUAAAUGAAGAGAGCUGCAGUCUUGUCCUUCUACCGUCUCCCAAAUUGAGUGGGAUUCAAAUUCCUAGAUUUAUACAAGACACAAAUUUGGUUUCAAAAGAAUCUGUUGAGCCAUUGCUCAAUGAUGCUCCGUGUAGCCAAGAUGAACCUGAGGUUGUUUCAUCAAAGGACGAGACUCAGCAAAACUUGAGGAACGAGAGAAGCUUCAGCUUAAAGGUGGACGGAAUAUGUGACGAAAGCCUCAAUUUUCUACAUGCACUUCCCGGCACAAAAACUAGGAGCGAGUGCAAAAUUUGUGGAAAUUCAUACAGAGAUGCAACCAUCCUGAAGACCCACAUCGCAACUGUGCAUUCCGUUGGCAAACCUUAUGCUUGUGAUUUUGAACAUUGCCCUUUUGCUUGCAAAACCAAAGCCUCUUUGGAACGUCACAUACGUAGACAUACAGGAGAGAGACCAUUUGUGUGCGAAAGUUGUGGAAGAUCUUUCCGUGAAUCUGGAACCUUAGCCCGACAUGUGAAGUCGAGAGUGCCCUGCACCAGAAAGUCAGACAACGCUCUUCCGAGGUACGGCAAACCUAGUUUGUCUAGAGCAAGGAGUCCACAGAUAGUGCAAGCAAAGCCUGUAGAAAUUGUUGUCCCAAAAGACUGCGAUGCCCCGUCGAAAGAAAUUUUAGAGUGUAUGGAAGAAGGAGCCAAAAUUACACUCUCUGAAGACACUCUUGAUUCCUUGAAGAAGGAUGCCUCACAAUCCUUGAUCCAGCUUCUAGAAUCAUCAUACCCAAAAGCCAUGAGUGCUGAAAACUAUGCUUUGCAACACCCGAUAAUUGAGCAUCAAGUUGAAGAGGUCGAUCUGCAAGUUUUGAGCAAAGUUAAGGAAACUGUUGAAGAACAAAUUUCAACGCACAAUUUUUAUUGCCUCGUAUGCAGUACAAAAUCUCAAAAUGCAAAUGAGUUAUCUCAGCAUCUCCAGCAACAUUUAGAGGAUUACAAGUUUCGGUGUGAAAAGUGCUAUUACGUUGAUAAAUACUGUGACGGCCUCUCCAAACAUUCAAAGGAUUUCCAUAGCAAACAAAGCUCUAAGAUAAUUUUGCCAACAGACUGGUCUGAAGUGGCCUCAACACAGUUGAUUUUACUGCAUGAUGCUUUGGAUGAAAAAGUUUCAGGGCAAAAAGCAGGAAGCUACAAUCGAUGCCAUGUUUGUUUGAAGAAGUUCAGCCACAAGUCAUAUUUUCGCUUACACAUGAACAGCCACACUGGCGGCGCCCAAUUUGAAUGUGAUGUAUGCAAAAGGACCUUCAUCAACAAGGACUCCCUCCAGAAGCACUUGGUGUCACAUUCAUCUAAAAGAUCGUUCCAGUGCCAAAAGUGUGCUAGAACUUUUAAGCGACUGAGUCAUUUGAAGGAUCACAUGCGAACCCACAAUGAUUUGAAGCCUUACAUCUGUAAGACAUGCAACAGAAGCUUCAAGUGGCAGUGUGUUCUCAAGGUUCACGAAACCACUCACAGUCGAGAUUGCUUUUUCGGCUGUGAAACUUGUGGGAAGCAAUUGAGAAACAAGAGCUCACUUAUUCGACAUUCGAAGCGGCAUAAAGGGGUUGGAAAGAAAUCAAGCACAUCAACAGGAGCUGGGAUUGUUGAGGUAACGCCGUCUGCCUUUGAGCAGAAAAGUGACGAAAAUGAAGCAAAAACAGCCGCAGCCAACAUAUCUUCUAUUCAAAACCAGACUGAAAGUCCAAAUCAACACACGUAUUUCCUUGUGUUAGAUGAGAACGCUCUAGUCCUAGGAGAUGGGGCGUGCAUGCUAGAAAACAGCAUGAUCCAACCAGAGGACAUGCUUGAAUGAAAAGGUAAGAAAAAUUUGCUUCUGCAAAUGAAAUAUUUCCAAUAUGUUUACAAACAAAGAAAUAAUUCAAAGCAAAUUAAAAAUUUAAAGAAAUAAAGAAAAAAAAUCUUUUUAAAAUAUUUUUAAUUUAUUUGAAAUUCAAUUAUAUUAUCUUCUAGUUAUCAGUUUACUUUUACAACAGUAAGCUCUUUCAACAACAAAGUGAAUAAAUUAUUUUGAGCCAUUUUUAAGACCAUUAAAUUAUUUUCCUUUGUAAAGGGUUGCAGCAAAAAUGUAUUAAUUUUGUAAAAAUCAAAAUAAGACAGAAGAUUUAUAUAUUCUGUCAUUUAGUUUUUAUAUAUCAACUAUGUAUGUACACGAGGAAAUCAAUAUUAGAGAUGAUUAUAAUAUCAGCUUCAUAUUAUUGUGACAAACUUAUCAGCAUGUCAUUAUUUUCAUGUUAUGCCCUAUGCUUUUAGCUUGGCCGCGAGUCCAAGAGAUAAAAGCUUAAUGUGCUUGUUUGUAACAACAAUAAAAAUUGGAAACUAAUAAAAAUAAUAUUGUUGU